CACGCAUAGCACAAACAUACUUCCAAUGGCGCUUCUGCAAUCCUCAGCCUCUUCGUUCAUCUCUCAAUUCCCGGCGGUUUCUCCAGGCAACUCCGUACGCUUAUCUCCACUGUGCGGGAACCGGUACGGUGGCUUGUCGGUCAGGGCGGAAGCGGCGGCUGGGAUAGUGUUGGUGGACAAAUCGGAAGCGGAUAAGGUUAAUCGUCUCAAAACAUCGUACUUCGAGAAGAUUGUUCCUUUGCUCAAGGAAGAAUUUAAUUACACUAACAUUCUUCAGGUUCCUAAGGUUUCCAAGAUUGUAGUGAACUGUGGUAUUGGAGAUGCUGCACAGAACAGCAAGGGUCUUGAUGCAGCAAUAAAUGACAUGGCACUCAUCACAGGACAAAGGCCUGUCAAAACAAAAGCAAAGAAUCCCAUUGCCACUUUUAAGAUCAGAGAAAAUCAAACACUUGGAAUCGCUGUCACCCUUAGGGGAAAUAUGAUGUACGCGUUUCUUGACCGAUUGAUCAACUUGGGUCUUCCUAGAACUCGUGAUUUUCAAGGUGUGAGCCCAAACAGCUUCGAUGGGCAUGGUAACUACAGUGUUGGGUUAAAGGAACAAAGUGUCUUCCCUGAGCUGAGUUAUGAUGCCCUUGGGAAACCAAGGGGAAUGGAUGUUUGUAUAGCAACAACCGCUCAAACAGACAAAGAAGCCUACAAACUUCUUGCUUUAAUGGGGAUGCCCUUCCGUGAGGGUGCGGGACCCACGGCUGUUGUUAAGCGCAAGAAGUUGAAAUCUCACCAUUUCAACACCAAAACCAAGCAAAAGUCACGAAAAUGAUCUUCUUUAAGUAAUUAUAUAUAAUUACAUCUUUGAUUGCUUCUAAAACUUUGAUUUUUUGUUGUCAUUUAAAUGAAUUGUUGUAGUUUUACCAUGAUGCUAUAGGCAGCCAUGUACGCUCUCUAUGUUAAUUUAGUAACCCUCGCAUGCUUACAAAAUUAUUUCAUUUCGUACAAA